AUGGGGCUGCCUAGACUUCUCUCUGAUCACUGUCCUCUCUUGAUAAGGGAGGAUGAGAGGGAUUGGGGCCCAAAACCCUUCAGGUUUAUUAAUGCUUGGACCUUGCACCCCUCCUUUCCCUCUUUCUUGGAAAGCAUCUGGAAGGAAACUUCUGUCAAUGGAGGACCUGGGUAUAGUCUUUUGCAAAAGCUAAAGUUGUUGAAGCUUGUUCUCAAGAAGUGGAACUGUGAUGUCUUUGAUAACAUUUCCUCUAAAUUGAAAGUAGCUGAGGAAGAGUUACAUAUAUUGGAUCUCAUUGCUAAAGACAGACCACUGAUAGAUUCAGAAAGAGAAAGUAGGAGAGCGAUGAUAGGUGAAAUAUGGAAUCUUAGCAGAAUGUUGGAAUGGAUGUGGCAGCAGAAAUCCAGAGUUAACUGGACACUUAAAGGGGACAAAAACACUAGGUUCUUCCAUGUAAUGGCCAGUUGUAGACAAAACAGAAACGCCAUCAAUUCCAUCUCUGUUAAUGGUGUUACUCAUGUAGAUCCUGUCAAAAUCAAACAUGAGGCCCUUCUACAUUUUAAGAAAUAG